AUGUUCAGAUCGGUGCUUUUAAGAAACGUCAUUCCAAAAGCUAAAAAGGGAGGAGGGAAACCUAGUAAGAAAUCCAAGGAAGUUGAAGAAGAUUCCAAUGAUACCCCAAAUUUAAAAGAAAUCUUGGAUUUGAAAGAAAUUGAAACUCGUUUCAAUAAAAUAAUCGAACUUUUCACCAAAACUGCUAAUGAAACUAAAUUAGGUAAAACAAAUCCAUCAAUUUUUGAUAAAUUGACUAUUAAUACUGAUGAUGGUGAUCAACCAUUUAUAAAUUUAGCCCAAACUUCAAUUAAAGGGAGAAAAUUUGUAAUAACUGUUUUCGAUCCUCAAUAUACAUCAUCCAUUAUUAAUAGUAUAUUAAGUUCUAACCUAAAUAUGAAUCCUCAAAUCGAUCCUUCAAAUAAACAAACUUUAAAUAUCCCAUUACCCCCAGUGACAACCGAAAUGAAAAAGGAAAAUAUAAAAGUUUUGAAAAACGAAUUAGAAAAAUUUAAAACUGGUAACAAAAAUUCAUCUCUUAAUUCAAUAAGAUCAGAUAUUAAAAAUAAGUUAAGUAAAUACUCCAAAAAAAAUAACUUAUCUGAUUCCGAUAAUAAAUUAGUUUCAACUUUUGAAAAAUUACAUAAAACUCAUGUGGAUAAAUUGAAUGAGGUUUUCAAGAAUGCUGAACAAGCAAUACUUAAAUAAAAUCACUUUAAAAACAAACGCCUUCUCCAAUAAAUAGUCUUUCAUAAUUUUUUUCACACCAUUUUAUGAUUUUCAAACUCUGAUUAAUCACUUGUUGCGACUUGAUCAGUUCGUCACUCAAACAGUAGAACUCAUAUUGCUGGUCAGAUAACAUGAACCCAGUGAUGGUUUGAUUGUUCAAUUGCCAUCUCAAAUAUGUAAGUUUCUUAUUCUUCACCGUGAUUGUUUUGAUGCUUGAUGACUUUGUCUUGAUUAAAAUUGAAUAGAAAUAAACUAAUUGUAGUAUUUGAUUCACGUCUAGAUCGUCAGAUUUGGUCAAAGCAUCACUCAUGAAAAACUGUUUAUGCAACUUCAGUUUAUAUAUG